AUGGAAGAAUUCAACAAGACAAUCUUUAAUACUGCUCAUAGCCUUUCCCCAAUAAUUUCUGAAGAAAAUGAAGAAUCAAACACUUACAAAAGUUCCUCAGAAAAAAAAUCCAACAUAAAAAUUAGGAAAAAAGAAGAUAAGCGCGUUUCAUUUGGAGGGAGAGUUGAGUUUGUUAUAACCCCUAGAGAGUCUCAAGAAAUUGCUGAAUUGCCUACAGCUCCAAAAGAAAAUUACCAAAAUCCUUGCUUUAUUGAAAUAGAUACACUUUCCUGCAGUACAGAAGAAAGUCUGACCCAAACGAUAAAAAAUUUUAAAAAUGGAUAUAGAGAGACUUUAGAUUGUGUAAAGUCAAAACUUGGGAUUCAUUCGAUGGCACCUACAGAUAUUGAUAUAGAAAAUUUAAAAGCUGAUAAUGUCUCGUUACAGAGAAAGCUAAGAGACUUAGAAAAAGAGCUGGAAAAUAUAAAUGUUCAAGCUGAAAAUGAGAUUAAGCAAGAAAAAAUAUAUUUUAUGCUGUAUUGAAUAUUCUUUAAAAUAAUCAUGCAUUGAUUAUAGAAUUUUUCAAUAUAAAAGGGAUACUAAAAAAAUCAAAAUAAAUAUAAAUAUUUUUUAUUUUGGCUUAAAAAUUUGCAUUUAUUGAGAUAAUGAAUAGAAGAAAAAAGUCUGCAAGACAAUUUAAACGAAUUCAACAAUAAUAUAGAAGCCAGCCUAGAAGGUUUAAAUAAGAAAAAUGAAGAAAUCAAAGAAAUCAACAAGGUAUAUUCAUCGAUUUUAAACGUAAAUGUUGAAUGUGAAGGCAAUUCUUUUACUUGCCAAGGUAGAAAAAACAAUGCAGAAUACAUUUUUAAUAUAGAACCUUUUAAUAGAGGUAUCCGCUAUAAGCCAAUAAAGGUAGAUUUUCCUUCAGGAAAUUUAUUGAACUGUGAAAUUCAUGAUUUAAUGAGACAUGAGCUUCCCUUACUUUUUAUACGAAUUUUUCGAGCACUUAACCCUAAUUAA